UUCAGUUAACUUGAAUUCUAGCAAGGGAAUAGUCGUUUUUUUUGCCUAGUGAGUGUUACAAUCAAAAAAUGUUGACUGCCGUGAGUGAUACUGAUAUUGAUAGUGAAACCAGAGAAAUAAUUGAAAGAAGAAAAACUACUCUUUUAUCUAAUCAUAUUCUGGGAAAACCGGAAAAACUAAACACCCUUUAUGGAGAUGAUGUAUUUUUCAAAGAAAACCCCUACUAUAGUCCUUUCUACAAGGAAGUAUAUCGAAAAUCUCUGGAUCAACCAGAAGAAUUUUGGGCAGAAAUUGCUAAAAAAGUUGUUUGGACUAAAACUUGGGAUAAAGUUUUAGACAAUUCGAAUCCACCUUUUACGAAAUGGUUUGUCGGGGGAGAACUGAACGCAUGUUACAAUGCAGUGGAUCGUCACGUAGAGGCAGGAAAGGGUAGUAAAAUAGCACUAAUUCAUGACAGUCCUUUGACUCAAACAAUUCGAAAAGUAACUUAUGGAGAACUUCUAGAUAAAAUUUCAAGAUUGGCUGGUGCCAUGGCAGCCUUAGGGGUCAAAAAAGGAGACAGGGUGUUGAUUUAUAUGCCUCUUAUACCAGAAACUAUAAUGGCUAUGCUUGCAACAGUAAGAUUAGGUGCAGUCCAUUCUGUUGUUUUUGGAGGAUUCGCUGCACGCGAAUUAUGUGCCAGAAUAGAACAUGCAGAACCAAAAAUUAUAAUUGCCGCAAGUUGUGGUGUGGAACCCCGUAAGGUUAUUAGAUACAAAGAAAUAUUAAACGAAGCUAUACAAUGGUCUUCUUUUAAACCCAAAAAAUGCAUAAUCUUCCAAAGAAGAAACGUGGAAGUAGCCCCUUUGGAGAAAGAGAUGGACAUCUCUUGGGACACAGCCCUAAAAAUUGGAACGCCCCAUCCCUGCGUAUCGGUUGAAGCAAACGACCCUUUGUACAUUCUUUACACUUCAGGAACUACAGAUCAACCAAAAGGAAUUCAAAGACCAACCGGUGGUCAUAUAGCAACCCUUGCGUGGACCAUGAGUGCCGUUUAUGGUAUGGGCUCAGACGACAUAUGGUGGUGUGCUAGCGACUUGGGGUGGGUCGUGGGACAUUCGUACAUUUGCUAUGGUCCACUUCUGUAUGGAAUAACUAGCGUCAUGUACGAAGGAAAACCUGAUAGAACCCCUGACCCCGGACAGUAUUUUAGAAUUAUCGAUGACCAUAAAGUUAACGCGAUCUUUACUGUUCCAACUGCUUUUCGCGUUAUCAAAAGGGAAGAUCCAAACGUUUGCUUCGGAAGAAACUAUUCGACGAAGAGUUUGAGAAGAAUAUUCGUUGCUGGGGAACAUUGUGACUACGAGACGAAAGCUUGGGCAGAAAAGGUAUUCAAUGUGCCCGUUUUGAACCAUUGGUGGCAGACUGAAACGGGUCAUGCCAUCACAGCCCAUUGCAUAGGACUUGGGCACAGCCUAUCCCCACCAAAAUACACUACUGGAAUGCCCUUUGCUGGAUAUGACGUAAGAAUAUUAAGAGAAGAUGGUACAGAAACAACAAGUCAUGAACUUGGAAGAAUUGUAGUAAAACUGCCUUUACCCCCCGGGACGGUGUCCACCCUGUAUCAAGCCCCAGAGCGAUUUUGUGACGUCUACUUUUCGAAAUAUCCAGGAUACUACGAUACUAUGGACGCUGGUUAUAGGGAUGAAUUCGGAUAUAUCUAUGUUGUGGCAAGGGAUGAUGAUGUAAUAAAUGUUGCUGGACAUAGGAUAUCAACUGCUGCAUUGGAAGACGUCGUUAUGGCGCAUCCUGACGUUGGGGAUGCGAUUGUGGUCGGUGUUCCGGAGAGUACAAAAGGGGAAGUCCCACUUUGUUUGUACAUCCCCAAAAAAAACGCAAGGAAGAAUGAAACUAUUAUUGGAAGGGAACUUGUUUGUAUGGUAAGGGAAUUGAUUGGGCCAAUUGCAGCAUUUCGUUUAGCGGUCCCAGUUAGAGAUCUUCCCCGCACAAGGUCAGGAAAGUCUUGUAGAAAAACCGUUUCUGAUUUGGCACGAAACAAACUUGUAAAGAUUUCUGGCACAGUGGAAGACCCAACAGUGUAUGCGGAUAUCAAAAUGACUCUUCAAAAAAUUGGUUACGCAUUAACUGCACCCGAUCCUACAUUCUAUUAAUAUCUUUAUGAAACUUACACUAACAAUAAGUAUUUGGAUAGUACUGUGUAAUAUUUUCUUUUGUAAAAUAUCUUGGACGAUAAAAAAGUAUUUGUUUCAUAAAUAAGGAAGAAUAAUUUUGCCUUUAACAUUUUGGUUGUUUACUAUAUAUUACUGUCCUACAGUGCUAUUUAGAUUGACUAUUUAACAAUCUUUAGUAAAUAUUAGAUAGGUAUGUACAUCUAAUUGUAUCAGAUUUAGGUAACAAAGAAGAAAAGUAUGAGAAUAAAAACUUUGUAUCUAA